AUGUCUCUGGCAGACGAGCUCCUGGCCGACCUCGAGGAGGCAGCGGAAGAGGAGGAAGGAGGCAGCUAUGGGGAGGAAGAGGAGGAGCCGGCGAUCGAGGAUGUGCAGGAGGAGACGCAGCUGGAUCUGUCUGGUGAUUCGGUCAAGAGCAUCGCCAAGCUGUGGGACAGCAAGAUGUUUGCUGAGAUCAUGAUGAAGAUUGAGGAGUACAUCAGCAAGCAAGCCAAAGCUUCGGAAGUGAUGGGACCGGUGGAGGCGGCGCCCGAAUACCGGGUCAUCGUGGACGCCAACAACCUGACCGUGGAGAUUGAGAACGAGCUGAACAUCAUCCACAAGUUCAUCCGGGACAAGUACUCGAAGCGCUUCCCCGAGCUGGAGUCGCUGGUCCCCAACGCGCUGGAUUACAUUCGCACGGUCAAGGAGCUGGGCAACAGCCUGGACAAGUGCAAGAACAAUGAGAACCUGCAGCAGAUCCUGACCAACGCCACCAUCAUGGUGGUCAGCGUGACCGCCUCCACCACCCAGGGGCAGCAGCUGACGGAGGAGGAGCUGGAGCGGCUGGAGGAGGCCUGUGACAUGGCGCUGGAGCUCAACGCUUCCAAGCACCGCAUCUACGAGUACGUGGAGUCCCGCAUGUCCUUCAUCGCGCCCAACCUCUCCAUCAUCAUCGGCGCGUCCACGGCCGCCAAGAUCAUGGGGGUGGCCGGCGGCCUGACCAACCUCUCCAAGAUGCCCGCCUGCAACAUCAUGCUGCUGGGCGCCCAGCGCAAGACGCUGUCCGGCUUCUCGUCCACGUCCGUGCUGCCGCACACCGGCUACAUCUACCACAGCGACAUCGUGCAGUCCCUGCCCCCGGAUCUCCGGCGGAAGGCGGCCCGCCUGGUGGCCGCCAAGUGCACGCUGGCAGCCCGCGUGGACAGCUUCCACGAGAGCACGGAGGGCAAGGUGGGCUACGAACUCAAGGACGAGAUCGAGCGGAAGUUCGACAAGUGGCAGGAGCCUCCCCCGGUGAAGCAGGUGAAGCCGCUGCCUGCGCCCCUGGACGGGCAGCGCAAGAAGCGAGGCGGCCGCAGGUACCGCAAGAUGAAGGAGCGGCUGGGGCUGACGGAGAUCCGCAAGCAGGCCAACCGCAUGAGCUUCGGAGAGAUCGAGGAGGACGCCUACCAGGAGGACCUGGGCUUCAGCCUGGGCCACCUGGGCAAGUCGGGCAGCGGGCGCGUGCGGCAGACGCAGGUGAACGAGGCCACCAAAGCCAGGAUCUCCAAGACGCUGCAGCGCACCCUGCAGAAGCAGAGCGUGGUGUACGGCGGCAAGUCCACCAUCCGCGACCGCUCCUCGGGCACCGCCUCCAGCGUGGCCUUCACGCCGCUCCAGGGCCUGGAGAUCGUGAACCCCCAGGCGGCCGAGAAGAAGGUGGCGGAGGCCAACCAGAAGUACUUCUCCAGCAUGGCCGAGUUCCUCAAGGUCAAGGGCGAGAAGAACGGCCUCAUGUCCACCUGA